GUUUGAUUGGAUUUGUCAUUGUCAUUAGUCAAAUGUCAAACGUCAUUGUAAUAAAUUGCGUUGCGUCGCCGAUAUGGCGUUUGUUCUAGAAACCGAUUUUUAACGUUUUUGAAUAAAAAUGAUAGUAAGUUGCGUUGUGAGUUGGUGUUAAUGAAACUAUAAACUAUUUUAAGCAAGGUAAUUUUGCUUAAUUUGAUUACAAUGGCUGUAGGAACAAGCAAAAUCGUCCAAGUGACGAAUAUUGCUCCACAAGCAACCAAAGAUCAAAUGCAGGUACUUUUCGGUUAUUUGGGUAAAAUAGAAGAUAUUCGUUUAUAUCCAACGAUUAGGGAUGUUUCAUGUCCAGUAACGUCCCGUAUUUGCUAUAUUAAAUUUAUAGACAGCUCUACUGUUGGCAUAGCCCAACAUAUGACAAACACUGUCUUUAUUGAUAGAGCUUUGAUAGUGAUUCCGAUUUCAAGUGGAGACAUUCCUGACGAGUACUAUGCUUUGGAAAUGACGAAGAAUGGGACUAUUGUACCAGGUCUGACCCCAACGGAUCCAAAAUUACCCCCGCAUGUUGUGAAUACCCUUCAUAAAACAGGUGAUGAACAAGUUAUAAUUACUACAGAUCCAAAUUUAAUAUCAAAUAAUUUGCCACCGUAUCCACCAUUAUCAGUAAGCUUUGAUACAGGCAAAAUUGAAGAAACCAGGAGAACCAUAAUUAUGUUAAAUUAUGAUUCUUCUAUGAGCAAUAAUGACAUCAUAGACUUCUUCAGUUCUGCAGGAGAAGUAAAGUAUUUAAGAACUUGUAAACAGGAUUCUACAGGCGCCACACAUAUGCUUGUUGAAUAUAGUGACCAAUCAAGCAUUGUGAGUGCUUUGAAGUUAAAUGGUAAAGAAUUAAAUGGCCAAAUUGUUGAGGUACAACAUGCCACCCAACCAAUAGUUAAGCCUCAAGCUAAGAGCAAUGAAGCAGCUCAAAAAGAAAUCGAAGAAGCCAUGUCUAGAUUUAAGGAGGCACAAAAUAUGAUCAAUGCUUCUAUUGAGCCUGUAAUUGGAAUGCUUACAAAGGAUAAAAGGAGUUCACGUAGAUCAAGAUCUAGGUCAAGGGGUAGGAGGAAGAGGUCCAGAUCUAGAUCUAGGAGGAGGUCAAGAUCUAGAAGGAGAAGAUCGACAUCUAGAAGAAGAUCAAGGUCCAGAGAUCAUAGACGGAGAUCUAGAUCGAGAGACAGAAGACGUUCCAGUUCCAGAUCAAGACGCUCCCGCUCCAGAAGCACGAAAUCGAGAAGAUCACGCUCUAAAUCGAGAAAAAUAGCUCGUAGAACGCGAUCGAGAGAACGUUCUCCUCGUAAGGUAGAACGUGACAGAAAAUCAAGGGAGAGAUCUAGGGAUCGUAAGCGCGGCAGCCGAGACAGAGACAAGGAUAAGGACAAAGAAAGAGAUAAAAAAUCGAAAGAACGCGAGUCCGUCGAGAAGGAGAAGCCCGCUAGGGAGUCCAGAGAAAAGAAGAUCGAGAAAGAACCUACCGUGGAUGAGAAACGUAAAUCGCGGUCUAGAAGUAAAAGCAAGCGUAGGUCAAGAUCGAAAGAGCGCAAAACGAGAGAACGUAAAAGGUCUCGCUCUAGAGGCAGUAGAAGGAAAUCGCCGUCGCCAAGAGCUGUGAGAAGAAGAAGCAGAACCAGAAGCAGAGACCGAGAUAGAAAGAGAGACAAAAAACCGACCGAUAGACGCGAUAAGGACAGAGAGAGAAGAGAUCGCGAGAAAAGGUCUAGAUCGAGGGACAGAGAAAGAGAUAAAAAAUCUCGGUCAAGAUCGCGAUCAAGCCGUUCUACGAGGUCACAUUCGAAAGUGCCGAGAAAUUAUGACGAGGAAGAAAAAGGAUUUGACACUGAUAAAGAUAAAAACAAGGAAAAGGAGGUCGAGUUGCCGGUAGAGAAAGGGUCGCCAGAGAAGUCUGAUAAUAUGGAUAUUUCUAAUUCUCCUUAGAUAUAUUAUAGUUUGCGGUGUUUCUAUUUGUUUCAAUAAACGUGAUAAUUAGAGCUAA